AUGGCGCAACGGCAACCACCCUGGCGAGCCCCAGCUCCGGCCGAGGGCGUCGAGCUCCCUGACCUCGUUGUAUACAACUCUCUUACGCGGACGAAGAAUGCAUUCGCGCCCGUCAAUGGCAGAAGAGUCACCUGGUACGCCUGCGGUCCAACGGUCUACGACGAUGCGCACCUCGGUCACGCAAGAAACUAUGUGAGCACCGAUAUAAUACGGCGGACCCUGAAGUACUACUUCAACUUCGACCUCACCUUUGUCAUGAACGUUACGGAUGUCGAUGACAAGAUCAUAUUGCGUGGCCGACAGCAGCAUCUGCUCGCAGAUUUCACCUCGAGACACCCCAACUUGGACGAGACGGUCAUAUCAACCGCGAAACAAGCAUUCGAGGCAUACAUCAAGAAGAACCUCACCCUCUUGCCGCCCGGUGUACAGCUUACACGAUACGAUUCGGAGGCAAAGAAAGCAUACAAGGCGGUAUUAGAAGGCCGAUCGCUAGCAGACGAUGGCACCCCUCCUGGCGACGCAGAAGCAAAGAUCAAAAUGCACCUCAAGACCUCCGCAACGGCCGCCGAAGCUCUCGUCCAAGCCAGCUCCGACCCCUCUUCACUCUCCAUAACAGACUUCUACACAGAGACAACAGAUGUCUUCCUUCCCUACCUCGACUCCCUGCAUGGCUCCGAAAUCGACGCCAGCGACUACAGCAUCUUUACCAAGCUGACGCAGAGAUACGAAGACCGGUUCACGGAAGACAUGCAAGCGCUAAAUGUCCUGCCGCCGGACGUCGUAACGCGUGCCACCGAAUACAUCGACAAGAUUAUAUCCAUGAACGAGACGAUCGUCAAUAAGGGCUCCGCCUACCCCACAUCAGAUGGGUCCAUAUACUUCGACAUAACCGCUCAUGAGAAGAGAGGGCUACCAUACGCACGGCUAGAGCCAGAGAACCGAGGUGACAAGGCGCUCCAAGCAGACGGCGAGGGAGCGUUAACCCAGAAGACGUCGGAAAAGCGCUCCGAUGCCGACUUUGCGCUGUGGAAGGCUUCGAAACCUGGUGAACCGAGCUGGCCCAGCCCAUGGGGUCAGGGCCGGCCCGGGUGGCAUAUUGAAUGCUCGGCCAUGGCGUCGGAUAUACUGGGCAAGACCAUGGACAUACACUCAGGUGGUGUGGACCUCAAGUUCCCGCAUCACGAUAAUGAGCUGGCACAGAGCGAGGCAUACUGGGCGGACACUGGUUGCGGAGGACAUUCGCACGAGAACGCUCAGUGGGUCAACUACUUCCUGCACAUGGGUCAUCUCUCCAUCGCCGGCUCCAAGAUGUCAAAAUCGCUCAAAAACUUCACAACCAUCCGAGAAGCGCUAAGUCGUGGCACCUGGACACCCCGAGGGCUACGCAUAGCGUUUCUACUCGGCAACUGGGAAAAGGGCAUCGAGAUCACUGAUGACAAGAUCAAAGAGGGCCUGGCCUGGGAGUCUCACGUUAACAAUUUCUUCCUCAAAGCGCGAGAUCUCCUCUCAAACCCGACCCACCCCAGCUCCGUUGCUUCCGACGCUCCCGCCACGAAUGGCUCCUCCGAUGCAGACACCGCCCUCCGCACCUCCCUAGAAAAAGCCAAACAGGAAGUCAAUGCCGCCCUCUGCAACUCCUUCGAUACCCCAACAGCAAUGCGCGCCCUCUCAUCCCUGAUCUCCGACUACAACUCCUCCAACAAGUCCCUACUCUCGGGCUCAACCGUCCUUGACGCAGCAAAAUGGAUCACACACAUAAUCACCAUCUGGGGUCUCAACGCGCCCGGCAUCGAUCCCAGCGCCUCACCAACCCCCACAGCCAUCGGCUGGGCCGGCGUCGACAUACCCGAAGAAGCGAAACCCUUCGUCAUCCCGCUCAGCAGGCUGCGUGACAGCGUCCGCAAGCGCGCCAUCGCGGCCGGCUCUUCUGCCACUAUACCAUCCGCCGAGCUCUCCGAAACGCUAGCGCAACAACCGCACGCAGACACGGUGCAAGACGCGGCCGCUGUUCCCUACGCCGAAGCCCUGUCCCAGUUCCAGGAGGACGUCUCAGCUCUAGCGGCCAAAGAAGCCCCCGCGCGCGACUACCUCUCCCUGUGCGACGCACUCCGCGACGUCCGCCUCUGGGAUCUGGGGAUCUACCUCGAAGACCGGGAGGCCCAGCCCGCGAUGAUCCGGCCCGUAGACCGUGAGCUCGUCGCCGCGCGUGCCGAGAAAGAGGCACAAGCGUCCGCGAAAGCUGCAGCGAAGGAGAAGCGAGAAAGGGAGGAGUCGGAGAAGGCAGCCAAGAGGGCGGAGCAGGCGAAGCUGAGCCAUCUGGAUAUGUUUCGCACGCAGGAGUAUUCGGCCUGGGAUGAGGAGGGGUUGCCGGUCAAAGACGCUGAGGGCAAGGAGGUUGCCAAAAGCAAGAGUAAGAAGCUGAGGAAGGAGUGGGAGAGGCAGAGGAAAUUGCAUGAGGAGUAUUUGGCGGGGCUGGGGAAGGGUGCGUAG